AUGGCGAUUAGUGGUGUGAUGAAGACGAAGAUGAAAACACGCAUGGAACGAGACGAAGAGUUAUCACUUUUCAGGGAAUUGCGAAAGCGCCAGAAUGAACACAUCUCAAGCCUCUUGCAUUGUGUUAAUUCUGAAGAGUUUGAAUGUGGCACUAAUAAUGACACUCCUGGGAAGAGAGAAUAUGGUUUAGAGUUUCUGGAAACAAACAAAAAUGACUACGAUUGGUUGAAAACACCACCAGCUACUCCUCUGUUUCCAUCCCUUGAAAUGGAACCAGGUCCUCAACUUGUUGUGCAAAAGGAGAUACCAAUCUCACAAGCCAUCACAAGAUUCGAAAUUGACAACAUAAGGUUGGUUUUGCCACAGUUUGCAUGGAAAGAAAUGGAAGCACCAAAACCCAAAUCAAAUGAUGGAAAAACAACUCACACCAACUCAACCAAACCAAAACCUUCAACAAGAUCAAUGACCCCAAGUUACCACAGGCAAAGACCAAGCACCAUCAAGAACACAAAUGAACAACAAACAAACACUUUGCCAACAAUUCCCAACAAGGGCAGCAAUGCCAAAAGUGACCAUGAAGUGGCCAACAACACAAAAUUCACUCCCCAAAAGCAAACCAACAAUACUGAUUUCCUCGCUUUGAAUGUGAAGAAAAGCACAGAAACAAAUGAUUCACAGAGAAAGCCAAGAGCUAGAGGCGUUUCUCCAUCACUGAAAUCAAGAGUUGCACUUGUGAGUAAUAUCAUGGAACUCUCCAAUGUGGCACCACCAAAUCUAAGGACAGAUGAGAGGCCAAGUUCCACCACACGAGGAAGAAGCACAACUCGAUCUUCUACUGUUACAGGGUUUCAAAAUCGGGAUCCUAUUCCACGAACGAGUAGACCAUCAAGGUCACCAUCACCGAGCAUGGCUAAUGGUAGUUGGAAUCAGUUAGACAGAACCCAGAAGAACUUGAGGGCACAUAAAGAAACAUUCACUCUAGCAGCAAGUCCUAAUGAAGGAAGAACACAUUUUAAGGGGAGUAAGAUGGUAGAGAAAGUGGUGAAUGCUAGAAAGUUAAGCAUGAAUCAAGUGGAUAAAGAAACCAAAACGAAAGCUUUCAAAACUAGGGUAUGA